UAAAAUAAGUGGUGUAAUAAAACGCAAGAGGCAAACGGGAAAAAAGUACAGGUGCGUCAAGACAGGCAACCUCAAGAUAGCAGGAAGAAGAGGAUCAGAAUGAGAGGCUUGGCGCGAUACAAUUUGCAACGAACAGUGUUGUUGACUGUCGUCUUCGUGUUAGGGAUGUUCUACCAAAGUUUCUUUCCCAAGGUGGCAGAAACCGGUGUUCUGGUAAAGAGAAUCGCCAGUCAAAAACAAAUUCCAGGGGGGGAGGCGACAGCUGGACAAGGAAAAGGUACUGAGCAAGAGGAGAUGAAUGUCACUACAGCUCCACCUCGUACCAAAAUCCCAGAGAAGUUUUUAAUAGACGAGACAGAUUUCUGCACAAAGCAGCAUCCAAAUCUGGACAUCAUAGCAUACGUGCAUUCAUCCAUCAGCAAUGAAAUCUUGAGAAAUGCCACCCGCACCACGUGGGCCAACGCCACGGCACAGGGUUUUGCCCUCAGGCUGGCAGCCGUGUUUGUAGUGGGGCGACCCGAGACGGAAGGAGAGGCCAUGAUUGUGCGAGAGGAAAGCCAACGGUACCACGACAUCAUCCAGAUUGGACCUUGGAAGAUCAGAGUUCGCAAACAGGGGUUCAUCGGCUCACGAGACCAGUCCAAAAUGGCGGGCGACCAGUGUCCCUAUCGCCAUGCCUCCUGUCCUUCUCCUGGUGGCAGCAACCUGGAUCUACUAUGGAAGGCCCCAUGCUACUCAGAAUAG